CUUACCGUCAAAGCCACGGGAUGCCAUGGGUCGUCCUCUUUGGCGGCUUCUAGGCACUGAGCCACUAGAGGGCAUCGGUCCCGACAGGGCCGCACGGCAGGCUCUGGGCUACCGCCACGCUCUCACUGGCGCCCGGAAGGGGGCGGGGUAGCGACCGCGGCCGCUGUAGCUGCAGAGCCGGGGCGAAGGGAGAGGGGAUCACGUGCGUCAUCGGUCUGCGCCACCUGACUCGAGACCCUGGGUUUAGGGUGGGAAGUGAGGUGUAAGAAGUCGGUCGCUUUCUGAUGAAUUCAUUGGCUGUGGAAUUGGAACCAGAGGGUAUUCUGGCCCCUGGAGGCUGGGGCUCGUGCACCUCAGUCUUUUUCUCGGUGCACCGACGGUUCGGGAGAUUUAUCUGGCAGCGUAAGCAUCCUGAGAACAGGAGUUGAAUUAGUUCUCAAAAAUGGGAAGAACCUACAUCGUAGAAGAGAGUGUUGGCCAAUAUCUUUCAAACAUCAGUCUCCAAGGAAAAGCUUUUAUCUCUGGUCUUUUGAUAGGACAGUGUUCUUCACAAAAGGAUUAUGUGAUUCUUGCCACUAGAACACCACCCAAAGAAGAGCAAAAUGAGAACCUCAAACAUCCCAAAGCUAAGUUGGAUAAUUUGGAUGAAGAAUGGGCCACAGAACAUGCCAAUCAGGUAUCCAGAAUGCUACCAGGGGGACUUUUAGUUCUUGGAGUAUUUAUCAUUACAACUUUGGAACUGGCCAAUGAUUUUCAAAAUGCCCUGCGCAGACUAAUAUUUGCCAUGGAAAAGUCUAUGAAUAGAAAAAGACUGUGGAAUUUCACAGAGGAGGAGAUCUCAGAACGAGUAAUACUUCACAUUUGCUCAUCUACAAAAAAAAUAUCUUGUCGAACUUACGAUGUCCAUGACCCAAAGAGUUCAGCAAGACCAGCCGAUUGGAAGUAUCAAAGUGGACUGUCUACUUCAUGGCUUUCUCUAGAUUGUACCAUUCACAUUGAUAUUCACAUUCCACUUUCUUCUACUUCUGUCAGCUAUACUCUGGAAAAAAAUACGAAGAAUGGACUUACACGCUGGGCCAAGCAAAUAGAAAAUGGUGUUUAUUUGAUUAAUGGACAAGUUAAAGAUGAAGACUGUGAUCUAUUAGAAGGACAGAAAAAAUCUUUCAGAGGAAAUACUCAAGCAACUAGUCAUUCUUUUGAUGUGAGAGUGCUAACACAAUUGCUUCUGAAUUUAGAACACAGAUCUACAGCCACAGUUCAGAUCUGCAGUGGUUCCGUAAACCUUAAGGGUUCUGUGAAAUGCAGAGCUUAUAUUCACAGCAACAAACCCAAGGUUAAAGACGCUAUGCAGGCAGUGAAGAGAGACAUAUUGAACACAGUUGCUGAUCGUUGUGAAAUACUAUUUGAGGAUCUGCUUUUGAAUGAAAUCCCAGAAAAAAAAGAUUCUGAAAAAGAGUUCUACAUUCUCCCUCAUCGAGUUUUUGUCCCCAUUCCUGGAUCCACUGUAAAGUUAUGCGAUUAUAAAUUUGGUGAUGAAUCAGCUGAAGAAAUCAGAGACCAUUUUAGAGAGAUGUUAGAUCAUACGGUUCAAAUAGAAGAUUUGGAAAUUGCAGAGGAAGUCAACACAGUUAUUCCUCUUAGCAUAGCUAAUUCUCACCCCCUACGAGGAGUAGAGUGCACUGUUGGUUAUGGUGAGUCAACUUGCAUGAGCUCUAUGAAUAAUGAAGCUUCAUUGGAACACAAAGAUGAUAAACAACUGGAGCAACCAAUUAAAACUACAGUAAUGUUGAAAAUUCGGCAAAACAUAGAGUCGUGGCUGAAAUUGUGGCUGAAAUCCAAAAGGAAGGGUCCCAACAUUCAGUGUUCAAAGAGAAAGUAAGUAGAUCUCAUCAAUUAUCUUAGGGCCCGGAUUAGGAAUCUCCAGAAUAUCACUUCCUUGAAUUCAAUUGGUCAAAGCAAACACAGGUCCAGCCAGGUUUCCUUGCCAAGGGGAAAAGCAGCCCAACUUUCAGUGGGGGUGACCAAAUGGUGCAUGCAUGUAGAAAGGGAAGAAAUUAAUGAUAGUGGUCUUCAGUCAUGACUGGAUUUAUAACUACACGCAUGUAAAAAAAACAAAAAAAAAAAGAAACUUGAGAAAGAAGAGACAAAGGAGUUCCCUAAGGAAAUAGUUAAUAUUAAAAAAUACUCCAGGGAUGGAGCUGGGGCUCAGUGGUAGCGCACUUGCCUGGCACAUGUGAGGCACAAGUCUCAGCACUGCAUAUAAAUAAAUAAAAUAAAGGUCUAUCAACAACUAAAAAAAAAUUUUUAAAUACUCCAUAUAUUACCCUUAACACAGUUUGCCUUUUGCCAUAGCGCCUCCCUUUGCCUUUCUUCUGUGGUAUUUUGUGGACAUACGUAAUGUCUUUUCAUUGUACCCACUGCUAGAAGUUCAGCAGUUAAGAGGUUCAUAAUGUAUUACCAACAAAGGAUUGAUCUGAGCUCUAUUACAAGCUCAUAAUAUUUGUUGAUUCUCACCUUAAGAAUUUGACUAAAUAUAAAUUAACCAAUGCAUAAUAAAUAACUGCUCUUGAUUUCUUACUUUAACCUCAUGAAUACUUAUGCUGGGAAUGUCAACAGUGUUAAUGAAUAUUCACUAAAGGUAACCAAUGAGUUGUAAUGAAGUUUAUAACCGUUUAAAAUGUAAAUUAAAAUAGUAAUAAAUUUUUACUUAUUAAGGACAAAGAAUAAAAGUGACUUAGAAAUGACAGAACAUUUGUCCUUGCUUUUGCCAUUUUGAAAGUGCUUUCAUAUUCAUUAUCUCAAUUGCUUUUUACAACCUUCUUGGAAGUUGGGCAAAAAAUUGUUGACUAGAUCCAAAUUUGAUGAAUACAAUUGAAAUACACAUUAAUUACUAUCCACAGGACACAUAGUUAGAGUAAAUAUUUGGGUAAAUAACUAUUAUAUUUGUCUUAAUAAUAAAAAUAAGUUCUUCUUUUUUCACAUUUAAAAAAAUAUUUUAAAAUAUAUUAUACACUUGACACCAUCAAAUAAAGCCACAUUUUAUGUUAUACUGUAGGACUUCUGAAAUUCUAAUCCUGAAAAUGCCCUGUGCAAAAAUUCUUAAUUAAGAAAACUUGACAUUUUUGGAAAAGAUCCUUCAUUUAAUUUGUUCAGUUUGUUAAAGAGUUCUUUUGUAUAUAGAGUUAUGGAGGGGAAUUAAUGAUAGGGAUGAAGUAGUUUAAUCAGGUCUUAGGUUCUAUUUUAGUCAAAUCCAAUUUAGUUGUAGAUACACCAGAUACAAAUGCUAUGAUUAAAAUUCUGAAUGUCAAUAAGCUCUGGUGCUAGAUUGUAAUAUCCUUGUCUAAACAAGAAUAAUUGAAACGAAGAUUUUAAAUAAUUCUUUCUAUGCUUUCAAGUUAGCAUUAUUGAAAACAUUCUCAUUUUAAAUUAUAAAUAGCUAUUAAUUAUAGAGAAUUGAGGCAUACCUCUAGAUCUGCCAAAUAAGAAAUAAAGCCUUGGGAAGUCAGUUAAUUCCUUUGCUCUCUAGGUUAGAACAAAUUCUAAUAACAUUAAACUAACUCUCAUCAGAGAGUACUUUACAAGUUACAAAAUAUUUUCAUUUUUAUUACACUCUUUUCAACAGUUCAGAAACUGAAAUUUAAGAAAGUGACUUGCAACCUAAUGGGACACGCAUAUUAAGGGGAAAGAUACUAAUGGAAGGGAGUGACUGAGUGUGUGGAAGUAGGAAUAUAGCUCUGUGAAGAACUAAGAAAAUAUGAAUUUAAGACUCCUGAGAAGGUGGGAAGUCCAACUCUAAAGCAUAAGUGAAUCAGUAUUCAGAGAAGGAAUGUCUCUUCUUAUAUAACAGCUCAGAGGAUGAAGAAAAUUGAUGCAAAUGUUUAUGAGUUUGAUAAUGAAAGUUGAAGAUGAUCUCAUCUGAUACCUUCAGAUUUCUAUAAAAUUUGCAAGGUCAUCUUCUGAGAUUGAAGAAGAAUGAGAAUAAUAAGUAUUUAGGAAAAUUGUUGCAAAGAAUAGGAGAUUGGGUUGAUCAAAGAAACGUGGUGGAAUUGUCACACAGUGGUAAAUAAAUGAAUGAAAUUGUACAAUUUUUUCUCUACUGGUCUCCAACUUCUUAUAGGAUAGAAUAGAAAAAAAUAAAUAGCAGUAUUUGGAAGUCUCAUUUUAUGAAUAACUUGAAAGCAAAGAAGGGCUAAGAAAUGGAAUGAUGGACCAUGAAAUCUAAAGAAAGUGAAGAGUGUGGGGCAGAGGAAUAGCACACACGAGAAGCAUUAUGAAUGUAGAAGAAUAAAUGCAGCAGAGGUCCAGAAGAAAUCAAAAAACCAAAAUUUUGGUAGUAGUCCACAAAUAAAUAAUGAUGCUUGGAGUAGUGAUUUGGGGAGAAAGAAUACACAUGACAACGAAGGAGGUAGGUGGCCGAGGUGAAGUAGCAGGUUAAGAUCAAGACUGUUCCUUGUUGGGAACAGUACUGAAUAUGGCUGGGUUGUCAAACCAAUGAAAGGAAAGUGUGCCCUCUUUGAAGAGCCUUUUCAGUUCUGUCAAAGAUGUGAAAGAAAUGCUUAGAGGAAAGUUGAAAAUAAAGGGAAGUAUGUAGAUUAUGGAAAACAAGAAAGCAUAGACUAUCGUGGGGAUGAUGGUAUAUAGCUAAGAAUGAAUGGGAGUGGUGAGAAAUAGGGAGUGGGAAGAGGUAGCAGGAGAAGCUUACAUUUUGUAUGUUCAUUGUGAUAAAUGUAAGGUUAAAAAUCAUGGCAGAUUUUGUUUCAGUGUUUUUUGAGGAGGUUGGAUUCUGAGCCUAAUGGUUAGAGGAAAUAGCCUGAAUGAGUAGUUUACUGCAGUUGAAACAGGUUUUAGUUGCUGCUCCUGUGUAGUUUAGAGAUGGGAGGGGGCAAUGAUGCCAAACUAAAGACAUCAUGGCUAGAGUAA